GCUUGUCCUUGCAUCAAUCAUCAUUUCUGGCCUAUUUCACCCAACCGAUCACAAUGGAGCAGCCUCAGAGCCUGCGAUCCCUCUUUGUUGCUGCAAAAGCAGAGAAGACUGACUUGGAGCACCGACCGGACUCCAAUACAGACGGUUAUCGCAAUGAUGUCAACGAAACAAUAGCCAAGUUCAAAGAGUGCCAGCGACAAGUUGAGAUGCUGUCGCUAUUCAGCUCCAACGAACCGCUGGACGAUAUCGCAACGGGGGACCUACAAUAUCUCACAGUAGAAUAUCUUCUUGCGGACCUCCUCCAAAGAUCCUAUAACUCGAACCGCGAAGCUACUCUCAUGACUGCUUUGCAGAACUACGAACGAUUCCUUACCCGACUUUACCACUACGACAUCCUAAAUGACAAAGACAAGAAGCUCUACGAGCGAUAUACGGCCAACCCUCGCUCUUUCACUCUAGUCCUAGCGAACGAUGCCGCCGCGCGCAGAGAGACCAAGAUAAACAGGUUUCGGGAAGAGAAGGAGCUGAAACAAAAGCUAGAGUAUUUAUCCAAUAAUCAAAGUACCCUCCAAAGCGACGACGAUGACGUUCGACGGCUCUACCUCGCCGAGAUCGAUCUGUACAUCCACCAAACAUUCCAGACGCUGGAUCUCCUCUCCCAAGAACUAACGAUGCUGUCGAGUAUGCGCAAUUUGCCAAAACCCGGAGAACAGCACCAGGACGAUACGCGAAGACGAAACGAAGAGGGAGAGUCAGCUUAUUCCGAGCGGCUGGACCCUCCCAUAUCACAACUUCUACAGGGAGGCAAGUUCGGGCCGAUCUUGAGUAAGGAAGGGAAACCAAUGCAGCCGUUUACGUUGCUCGAUCGCCGCACGCAGCUCCAGCAGGGCGUUUUCCGCUCCGGACAUAACCUGCCUACGAUGACCAUUGACGAGUAUCUCGACGAGGAGCACAGGAGAGGAAACGUCAUUGAGGGCGGAGGGGAACAAUCUGGCAUACCGCCUGAGGUUGACGAGGACGAUAUGGAUAAGGCUGACGAAGAGACCAUGAAAGCACGAGACUGGGACGAGUUCACCGAGGCGAACCCCAGAGGCUCUGGCAAUACGCUGAAUAGAGGCUGAUCUGCCUGGCGGUUGUGGACUCCACUAUGUCGAUACGGGGAGAAAACAUUAUCUGCCUUCUGGCGCACUUAUCUGAUAUGAUGCGACCGUUUCCAAUUUGAGGGAUAGAUCUGCGACACUGCAUGUGAUCAUAUGUACCAAGAGUGUAUCCUGAUCCGGCCACCAUUCACCAAC